AUGGAUCUUAAAGGUUCCCUUGUUGAUACAAAUAUUAAAAUAAUUCCCUCAGAAAAACUAAUUAAUUUUAUAAAGAAUAUAACCAAUGAUGAUGUCCCUAGUAACAUUUUAAAAAUUAAAAUGAAUGAUAUAAAACUAGAAUCUAAAAACAUGGCUGAAGUGAAAGUAGUUUGUCUAAACAGCAAAGAUAUAAAAAAUAUAACUAAAGUCAAGAGGGCCAUUAGUAAUGUGAAUGAAUCUGAGAAUACAGAUUCAGAUGGAAUGAAAGAAUUGACUGUCCCUAAAGAAGACAAAGAUAAUGUGGAUAAACAGAAUAAGAAAGAAGAACUAGAAGUCCAAGAGAUUAAAGAUGAGGACAAGAACAAUAAACUUUUCUUAAAUACAUCUGAUUUGGAUUGGUUAUAUGUUUACCUUAAUAAAAAAAGAGAGGAAGAAAAAGAUGUUCCAUAUUUACAUGUUCUCUUUGAAGGAUCCCAAAUUGAAUUACCUGAAAAUGGUAUUGUAAAAAGAAAUCCUGAUUUAGAAGCUAGGUGUGUUAAACUGAGAGCUCAAAUGGAAGCAAGAGAGUAUCGUAAAAUGACAAAGAGUGUUGAUAAUGUGAGAAUGCGGUUUCCAGAGGAUAGUAUAAGCUAUCAAAUGAAACAAUUAAAUCGUCAACUAAUUGCAAUCGGCCAGUUCAUUAUAUCUAUCUUUGCUGGCUUCCUCUUUGGAUUUAGAGGAGUGGAAUGGAUGGUUGGAAAUCUAGAUUUUGGAUUUAGAUUGCUGCUUGGUGUCAUGUGUGCAUUAGUCAUUGCUCUAGCUGAAAUAUAUUUCUUGGCAAAGAAGCUAAAUGAAGAAUUGAAUGUGCCAGAAACUGUGCAGCUUGGUGGUCCACCGAAAUUUGUGAACAAUCCAGACAACGGAUAUAAACAUACUGCAUGGGAUGAAAAAGAACAUCAGGAUUAGAAAAAUCUAUCAUUAUUUAAAACACUGAUGCAUGAAAAAUGUUAUAAUAAUAUAUUUUAAAAUAUUGUUAUAUUGUAGUUAUGAUAAAAUAUUUACUUAAAUACAUCAUACAUAUUGUAAAA